CCUCUGCGUUGGCUGCAGAGUCUGUGACACAUGGAGGCGUGCUAUUACGAACCCAGAAAUAGUUUGGUCUCAGAUGGUGUUCGGUUUUCAGAUUGAGUGGAUAGUAUCUUGUGUGCGUGCUACUGGAAUCGUUCUUAUUCAAGGAUUAACCCCUAGUAUUUAAAUUGCGCCUCUUACUCUGCAGUGGGAAAUACUUAAUCUGUGUUUUUGUUGGUAGAUCCUCAACCCACCAUCAGUUGUAUUCAUCUUUGAGACCAUCUAUUUUAGUUGUGCAACUCCCUAAACGUACCUCGGUUAUAAUAGACCGUCCACCUUACAUUGCUAUCCCGCACAGUGCACUCUAUGAGAUUGCUAAUCACUAAACUGGUUAAUUCUGUCUUCAUUUGAAGCAGCAUGAGGAGGAUGAACGGGGGUGGACUAUCCUAAAAGGUCGCUAGUAUUGGUAUGGGGGCUUGUAUUGUUGGUUGAUGAUGAGUUGAAUAAUGGUGAAGAGCUGAAAGGAUUAUCAGCGUUCGCUAAUCUGUUGCCCUGCCUGCUCCAGUCUCCGGGAGCGAGUGAGAGCAAGGAAGGAGGUUAUAAUACUGAGUGAAAGAGUGUGUGUCGCCGGGUGCCUGACCGACAGCUGUGGGCCGAGCGCGCAGCUGAUUUACUUUAGAUUAGUCUGGACUAGAGCCAACUGGGAUUCAAUCAGGCCAACGAUGCGCCGACGCGCAAGCUAACCGCUAUUAUCACUUGAUGCCCAACCGACCUACCAGCCGACAUUCAAAGAGCAUUGUCUCUUCAGUGCUUUUCCUAGGGUUGUGCUUCUUAAUUAAAAGGGACACCAAUACUGGGAAUAUACGUGACAUAUCUGACCUAGUUUGGAUUUAUUUUGUAGAUAAACGUGGCAUCAUAUUCCAAAGGGGACUAUUUCUGCUUUUGCGCGUGGAAGAGGGAGGUGACAUUCAGUAGCCAUGGCUACAUGUUAUGUGGGUAUGCAACCUGUGCCGUAAGCAACAGGAGAUCCUCACCAAAUCAGGAGAAUGGUUUUCAGAGCCGGGGGCGCGUCCAGUGAGCCUGGGCUCCGCCCUCAACAACCCAGCCGUGGGCGGUGAUUCGCCGCGGGACAGGAAGCUCCUCCGCUCCAGGUCCCAGGCCCCGCCCACUAGCGCGAGCGCGGGGCAGCCGGACGGAACACAGACGCCAGCCGGGGUCACCGGGGUCACCGGGAGGGGAACGGACACCAUGCCGGCAUCACGGUCUAGGAGUGAACCGCCACGAGACAAGAAACGUCCCGUGUCCCUGCAUGAGCAGAACGGCAAGACGGCGGGUGUGGGGCGUGGCGGUGGCCGGAGGCUCCAGGGGAAGCUGUCGUCCCAGUCAUCCCAGGACGAGCGCCCCGGGCCUGGGGAGAGGCGGGACGGCCGGCGCCUGGAGAAGGUCCGCUCCCAGGACUACCAAGACGGGGAGGAGGAGGGGCCGGGCUCCCGGGGCCACGCCCAGAUGGACCCGCACCGGCGGCGCCAGGAGGACGAGGAGCGCGAGCGCCGGCGGCGGGAGGAGGAGUUCCAGACGCGUUACCGCAGCGACCCCAACCUGGCGCGCUACCCCGUCAAGCCGCAGAAGGAGGAGCAGGAGAUGCGCAUGCACGCCAAGGUGUCCAAGGUGCGCCACGAGCGUCGCCACAGCGACAACGCCAUCAACGAGGUGGGGCUGGAGGGGGGAGGAGGAGGAGGAGAGGGGGGGGGGGACGUGCCUGAGAACCGCCUCGGUAGGCGAGGGGUGGGCGGCGGAGGCGGCGGCGGGGUGGGCGACGCCGACCGCAAGGCCCUGUUGGAGAACCACCGCGCCUACUCGAUGGAUAGGACCGUGGGGGGUGGCGGCGGAGGAGGAGGAGGAGGAGGAGGGAGGCCUCAGCCGGUCGGCGGCCCGCGAACGGGGCCCCAUCCCGGGGGGCCCGCGCCCGCGGACUGGGGGCCCAACAAACUGGAGCCUGGCCCGGCGAGGAGGGAGAAGGGAGGCGGGGGCGGCGAGAGCCUGCUGAGAAAAGACUCCCAGAGCUCGGACCAAUCGGAGUCUCUGCGCCCGCCCCCUCCCCGGCCCUAUAAGAGCAAACGGGGAAUUAACAAGCGUCAGAUGUCCAUCAGCAGCUCGGAGGAGGAGGGCGGCUCCACACCAGAGUACACCAGCUGCGAGGACGUGGACAUGGAGAGCGUCAGCGAGAAAGGUGACUGGGACUGCUACCCACUUGAUCCUGCAGUGUGGCAUCAUCCAGUUACGUGGCAGCCCUCCAAGGAGGGCGAUCAUCUUAUCGGCCGCAUCACUCUGAGCAAGAGGUCGGCCAUGCCCCGAGAGGCUGGCUCCUUACUGGGGCUGAAGGUGGUGGGAGGGAAGAUGACAGAGACAGGAAGACUCGGGGCCUUCAUCACCAAAGUAAAGAAGGGAAGCCUGGCGGAUGUGGUGGGACACCUUCGAGCAGGUGACGAAGUCCUGCAGUGGAACGGGAAGUCGUUACCGGGGGCGACCAAGAAAGAAGUGUACAACAUCAUCCUGGAGUCCAAGGCGGAGCCUCAGGUUGAAAUAGUCGUCUCUAGACCAAUAGGAGACAUACCGAGAAUCCCGGAAACGUCCCAUCCUCCUUUAGAAUCAACGGGCUCCAGCUCGUUCGAGUCCCAGAAGAUGGAUCGCCCCUCCAUCUCCGUCAUGUCGCCCACCAGCCCCGGCACCCUCCGAGUCCUGCCCCUCGUCCUGCCUGGCCAGCUCUCCGUCAAGCUGUGGUACGAUAAAGUGGGCCACCAGCUCAUCGUCAACGUCCUCCAAGCCAUAGACCUGCCGCCCCGGCUCGACGGCCGCCCCAGGAACCCCUACGUCAAGAUGUACUUCCUGCCUGACCGAAGCGACAAGAGCAAGCGGCGGACCAAGACGGUGAAGAAGAGCGCCGAGCCCAAGUGGAACCAGACGUUCCUGUACCCCCACGUGCACCGCAGGGACUUCAGGGAGCGCAUGCUGGAGAUCACCGUCUGGGACCAGCCCCGGGUGCAGGAGGAGGAGAGCCACUUCCUGGGAGAGAUCCUGAUAGAGCUGGAGACGGCCCUGCUGGACGACCUGCCCCACUGGUACAAGCUCCAGUCCCACGACGUGUCGUCCCUGCCUCUGCCCCAGCCCUCGCCCUGCCUCCCCCGGAGGCACAUCCAUGGGGACAGCCCCAGCAAGAAGCUGCAGAGGUCCCAUCGCAUCAUUGAAACAGAGUGUGAUGAAGGUUUAACGGUAGUGACCAAAGGUGCGGAGCGCAGCUCCAGGGAGAGGGAGAGAAGCAGCACCCUGGCUGUCCCAGAGCAGCAGAGGCAGGUCCAGCAUCGCUCUCGCUCCGUCUCCCCUCACAGAGAGGACCAGGGCAGGGCCCGCUCACGGCCCGCCUACGUCCCCAUGCAGAGGAGUCUGGACGAGAUCCCUCAGAAUCGCCACCACUCCCACUCUCCCUCCCGUUACCACGGUGCCCACCUGGAGCACCAGCGCUCUGGGGACUCGGACUACGAGUACUCCGAGGACAGUGAGGUCCUGGAGAUGCACAGGUCUAUCCGGGGCGGGAGUGCCGAGUGCCUGCACACAAACAGAGGUGUCACUAGACACAGCAACACCCUCCCUCCCAAAAUGCCCCUUUUAGCAAACGGUGUCCACAAAGACAUAUACAGCUCCACUCUCCCCGCCUGCCUAAAGAGCGAGCCGGCGGCGCGGCGCCGGCGGCAGGAAGGGGGCGUGGCCACGCCCCGCAGUGUCCUCACGCACCGCGUGCUCAGGUUCACUGACGAGGUCACGGUUAGUGAUCUGCAGCCAUCGUUGGACAGAGUUCGGAGUGCCAGCACCACCUGCCUGAGACCAGACACCAACUUCCACUCCCCCGAUAGAGACAGGUGCUCCAACUCUCUGCCCCGCCGAAGGCCCGCCAGCCCCAGGAUCUUAGUAGAGCAUGCCUCCCCAGAAGAAGACAGGCCUAACUGUCAAAGAGGCAGCAGAAAGGCCCUGGAGGGGGACAGUCGCAUGCAGCCCACCUCCAUCCUGCGGGGGAGCAGGGGGGUAGGGGGCCCACUGCGCCCCUUCAGUCAGACCCCCCUGGGGGGCUCAUGCCCCAGCUCACCGUACCCAGACAGAGCACGCAACCAUGGCAACCACUCUCCUCCCACGGGGGCUCCCUCGCCAGGGCGCAGGGGCAGGCAGCUCCCUCAGCUCCCUGCGAAAAGCAGCAGCAUAGAGCAAGCCCGGGCAGUGGAGGAUCGAUCCCGGCAGAAAGUGCACCCCUUCCGUCCCUCCGCCUCCCACGACCCCGAGGACGGACAUCAAGACCAAACGAGAAUGUACAAGGCGCAGAGACAGGGCAGUGACAACAUGUCGGCCAGGUCGUCAGACAGCGACAUGAGCGACAUGUCUGCCAUAUCACGCGCUAGCAGCGCCUCCCGCCUCAGCAGCACCAGCUACAUGUCCAUCCAAUCGGAGCGGCCCUGCGGACGACUCAGUCGGCAGGUGCGUGCCACGCCAGGGCGGAGCAUGCUGAAGAGCACCAGCGUGAGCGGCGAGAUCUACAGCCACGAGCGCACAGACGGCAGCCAAUCGGACACGGCGCUGGGCACGGUGGGCACGGGCGGCAAGAAGCGGCGCUCCAGCAUCGGCGCCCGCGUGGUCGCCAUCGUGGGGAACCGGCGCAGCCGCAGCACCUCGCAGAUCAGCGGCGCCG